UGUCAGGGUAUUCUAUCCUUACGCACGCGCACACACGCAUACACUAACACACACUCUCUCACGUCUCCCUCUCGCACACGCACAUGGAGUACUACUGGACCCACCUACUCUGGAUUCUCUGGAGCGUGAUGCCAGGGUUCCAUGACUGUUUCAACAUUGACACCAGAAAUCACAGGAUCAUAAAGGGCCCCAGGCAGACACAGUUUGGCUACACUGUCCAACAACACAUGGCUGGAGGGCAGAAGUGGUUACUGGUAGGAGCCCCACUGGAAACAAAUGGACAGCAUCAGACAGGAGAUGUGUACAAAUGUCCCUUAAGCAGAAGAUCUGGAGGACCCAGCUGCACCAAACUCAAUCUUGGAAGGAUAUCGUUGACAAAUGUCUCUGAGCGAAAGGAUAAGAUGAGACUUGGAAUGACCCUUUCGUCCAAUCCUAAAGACAACAGCUUUGUGGCUUGUGGUCCCCUUUGGUCGUACGAAUGUGGCAGCUCAUACUACAGCACUGGAAUUUGCUCUAGAGUCAACGCCAGCUUUAAAUUUUCCCGCACUAUCGCUCCUGCUUUCCAAAGGUGUGAGACAUACAUGGACAUAGUGAUAGUGCUGGACGGUUCAAAUUCAAUCUACCCCUGGAACGAAGUUCAAGACUUCCUUAUUAACAUCCUGCGGAAAUUCUAUGUUGGACCAGGACAGAUUCAGGUUGGAGUACUGCAGUAUGGAGAAAAGGUGGUGUCCGAGUUUCAACUGAAUGACUUCCGCUCUGUGGAGGAUGUGGUCAAAGCAGCCCGUAAGAUAGGCCAGCGAGGAGGAGAAGAGACCAACACUGCGCUGGGAAUCAGUGUUGCACGCUCAGAGGCCUUUAAACAGGGAGGCAGAAGAGGAGCAAAGAAGGUCAUGAUUGUCAUCACCGAUGGAGAGUCACAUGACAGCGCUGACCUGCAGCAGGUCAUUGAGGACAGCGAGAAGGAUGGCAUCACCCGAUAUGCCAUUGCUGUACUGGGCUACUACAACCGCAGAGGCAUCAACCCAGAAGCUUUCCUCAAUGAGAUCAAAUACAUCGCUAGUGACCCCGAUGAUAAGCAUUUCUUUAACGUGACAGACGAAGCAGCUUUGAAGGACAUUGUGGAUGCUCUCGGAGAGAGGAUCUUCAGUUUAGAGGGGACUAGCAAGAAUGGGACAGCAUUUGGUCUCCAGAUGUCUCAAGCUGGCUUCUCCACACACAUAGUGGAGGAUGGUAUUUUAGUGGGAGCAGUGGGAGCUUAUGACUGGAAUGGGGCUGUGCUGAAGGAGACUCGUCAGGGUAAAGUGGUCCCACCAAAGUCUUCUUAUGAACAAGAGUUCCCAGAAGAACUAAAGAACCAUGGAGCGUACCUGGGUUACACAGUGACAUCAGUGGUUUCAGCUCGCAGUGGCCAGUUAUUUGUUGCAGGAGCUCCUCGGUUUAACCACACGGGCAAGGUCAUCAUCUUCACCCUGAAAAAUACUGGAGAGCUCACUAUAUUACACUCACUCAAGGGACAGCAGAUUGGGUCAUACUACGGCAGUGAGAUUGCUCCAGUGGAUCUGGAUGAUGAUGGAGUGACUGAUAACCUGCUGGUGGCUGCGCCCAUGUUUUUCAGUGGAGGCUGGGAAAAGGGCAAAGUCUACAUCUACAGAGUCACAGAGCAGCCUCGUUUCAUACUGGAGGGCUCGCUGGAGAUUUUAGAUCAAGGUCAGAAUGCCCGUUUUGGCUCUGCACUGGCCCCUGUGCCUGAUCUCAACGGGGAUUCAUUUAAUGAUGUGGUAAUAGGAGCUCCAUUAGAGGAUGACCACAAAGGAGCCAUUUACAUCUACCAUGGCCAACGCAACAGAAUACUGAGGAAGUAUAAACAGAGGAUUGGUGCUAUUCAGCUGGCCCCGGGUCUGCAGUACUUUGGUCGUAGUAUCCAUGGGAAGAUGGAUAUGAAUGGAGAUGACCUGGUGGAUCUAGCUGUGGGCUCCCUUGGUGCUGCAGUACUUCUGUGGUCUCGAAGUGUUGUCCGAAUCCAUGCUAUUGUUCGAUUUGAGCCCAGCAAAAUCAACAUAUUCAAUAAAGACUGUCGGAGAGGAGGAAAAGAUGUGACCUGCAUGUCAGCUAUUGUAUGUCUGAAUAUCACAGCUCGGACUCCUAUCAGAGCCUCACAGGAAAUAGCUAUUAGCUACAAUUCUUUCUUUGAGGAGAAGCGCUUCAACCCUCGAGCCGUGUUUGAUGACCCAGAUCGCCAGCAGCCACAGAAUCUCACACUGCUUCCUGGAGAGGAGAAGUGUGACCACAUCUACUUCCACGUCAUGGAAACUACAGACUAUGCCAGGCCCAUUAUAUUCACUGUAGAAACUGAGCUAUUGGAACUGGAUCAAGGCCCAGCACUGGAUGACAGCUGGUCGACUACAGUGAAAACACAGCUUCCCUUCUGGAACGGGUGUGAUGAAGAUGACCACUGUGUUCCAGACUUGGUGUUACAAUCUCAGACUGAUCUAAUGAAUCGCAAGCAGUUCUGUGCCCAGGCGUUUCGAGCAGGCAGUCUAUUAUGUCGGAGUCAGACGCCAGCAGAACCUUCUGAACGCAUUAUAGAGGGAUCCAGGAAGAAGAUGGUAGUAGAUGUACGUCUGGAAAACAGAGGAGAGAAUGCAUAUGGAGCUCAGCUUAACAUCACUAACACUCCAAAUCUACGCUUCUCCAGCCUUAUAGUGAAGGAUAACUCUGAAAUACAUAUAGACUGCCGUAGUGAGAACAGACGAAAAUACGAGAAAUCGUGCAAUAUUAGUGCACCCUUUAUGAGAGCAAAGUCACAGGUAACAUUUCGUUUGGAAUUUGAAUUCAGUCACUCUGUGCUGCUGGAUCACGUACGGAUCAUGUUGGAGGUUACCAGUGAGGGUGAGGAAGUUGUCCUACACGAUAACAUUAAUGACAUUUUCUACACUCUGAAAUACGAAGCUGAUUUGCUCUUCACAAGGGAUUUUUACCCUACCCGAUAUGAGCUUAAACCUGACCUCUCUCUAGAGGAACCUAGUGAUUUCAACCCUCGGUUCAACUUUACCUUUCAGGUGAGGUCAACUUCCUUGCUAACUAUAACUAAAGAGAGGAGGGCCCUCGUGUUUCGAACUAACCAAACAUGUUUUCUCUAUGCAUCACAGAUCCAGAACCUUGGUUAUUUUCCAAUCCAAGAUUUGCAACUGUACAUUGCAAUCCCUGAGGUCACGAAAAAUGGCAAUCAACUUCUGCAGAUCAGAGAUUUUCAUAUUGACCAGGUAGGUGGAAGUCAUUGUAUCCCCCCUCAGCAUGUGGCACACAGUCGGGCGUCUCCAGAGGACCUGUCACGAACAUCACGACUGAACUACUCCAACACCCUGACGGUGCCAGUGCAGUGUACCGUCAACCUGCCUUCCUACAGAGACGUCAGCGUGAAAAUUGGUGGAUCCCUCCGUACUGAUGCACUGCAUGCGCUGAAGUUCAAAACCCUGGAGCUGGUGACGACAGCCUCAGUGGAACUGAACCCAUCCAGCCCUAUGUUUCUGCCUGAAGAGAGGCCGGUCAGACAUAUAAUCCUAGAGAUCAGGAAAGAGGAGGAUUACCGUGUUCCCAUCUGGAUUAUCAUAGGCAGCACACUUGGAGGCCUGUUACUCCUCUCACUUCUCAUUUUGGCACUUUGGAAGUUAGGGUUUUUCCAAAGGCAGAAAAGACGUGAGGAGACUGAGAAUGAGGCUAAUGGCAAGAUGAUGGAAGAGCGAUAACGCAGGCUGCUUAAGAGUGUUCAGGCAGGCCUACAUCUCAGGGACCAACCAACAGCAACAUUAGAUGUCUCUGAAACAGAGAGAAAGGGAGAAAGAGAGAAAAACAGGACUUGAGGCAAUGAAGAAAGGAGAGGGAUUUGCUCUGUGCACUGGACGACCUGUUGUUCAACCAUGAAAAACACUGCAAUGAGGCUCACCAUGCCUGCACUGCUUACUGAGCCGACCCUGCAGAUGGGUCUCCAUCUCAUUUCUCACUCCACAUCAAAACCCUCAUGAUGACAUGUUGAGGACAGUCUUCUGACAGACACUUAGAAGAUGCAUUCAAAAAGAAAGCUUUUUUUCACAGGGUCUUUGGAAACGCAGUCAUUUGAUCCUUGGUCACUUCCAAUGUCUGGCUCUGAAAAUAUACAAGAGAAACCUCAAAGGGCUGUAACUCUAUAAAACAGCCAUGUUUUCUGGUGCUUCUUCUUGGACAUCUGGAAAAAAGGGACAUUUUGGAGGGAAAAAAGUGCAAAAGUUAGCUCAUUUUAUUGUAAUGCCCGUCAUUAUUAUAUGUAAUGUAAUAUUAGGCACUGGAGUAUGUAGCUCUGUUUUUUGCAGUGGCCAUAAUUUAUUGAAUAGAAAAUGAACUGUUGUGGACUUUACUACAAUUUUGUAAAGAAUUAUUCUCCUCUAAUACUCUAAAUAAUUAUACAUCAACAUUUUAUGUUUUUCUAUAUGCUCAUUCUUCAGUCUCGAAUAACAAUAGAGGUGGACAUUUACUAUUUGACUUUUUUUUUUAAAUAUUGAUGCACUUUUUAUAUUGUAGUGAUACAAACUUGAAUUUUGUAAAUAUACAGGUUAUCUUUGUUACAUGAAUUUCAAUUGUUUGCUUUCAUGAGGAUUGUGGCAUUGUAGGGCAUCUCUAGUGAGACAUCAGCCCCAGUCAACCUUCCAUGAUUGAGCAGCACAUCCUCAAAUAUGCUUCACACCUCAACAAGUAGCCUUUGAGAAAGGGUAUGCUUACUGUACAGUACGUCAUCCAGCCUGAUGAUGGUUCAUUCAUUUCAAUUAUUUAGAAUAUUGUUCAAAUGUUCCCUAACAUCAAAUGAUGUUGAGUGUUUACAAUGCUAUGAAACAUCCUUAUCAUUUGCAGAUGUAUUGUAGUCAGGGAUCCCUAUUCUCCAAUGCUUUAUCAUAUAUAUGUGUAAAUAUGCCUGUCCAAGAAUAUAAAAUAAAUAUCAAAAUAAAGGAUUUGGAAAAAGAAUGAGUGUAUAUAAAUGACAAGGAAUGAUAGCUCUUAAAUGCUUAAAUUAUAUGAGCAAAUCUUCACAAAUGUAUUCAUAAAAUAUUGUCAAAGUAACUUGUAGACUACAACUUGUUGAUAAUUCACGAUUUCACACUUACAUAUAAUAAAUAGAAUAAAGGUUAUGCGUAUUUGGCGUGCUGUCCGAGGGGAGGGCUCCGAGCUCGGAACUUUGGCCCGAACCCUGAGUACCCCCCUACAGGUUAGGACAGGAAUAGAUGUAAGUGCGGAGAAGGGGUGGCGGAGGGAUGCUGGAG